GCGGCGCGAGGCGGGAUGGCGGCGGGCGGCGCGCAGGCGGGCGGGUCGGCCGCGUCGUCUCCGCAGCCUCGUCCCCCUCCUCCGCAGGGCCCGGGCGGGUGGCUGCGGGCGGCGUACCGCUUCGCCACCGACAGGAACGACUUCCGCAGGAACCUGCUGGUGAACGUGGGGCUGUUCGCCGCCGGAGUGUGGGUCGCCCGCAACCUGGCGGACAUCGACCUGAUGGCGCCGCAGCCCGUGGCGUAGCGGCGAACUGCUGCUCCCACUGAAAGCUGUCCCAUGUGAAGCAAUGCCAGGGAGCAGAAAACCUUCCACGUCAGAGGGAGAAUUCCUAUCCAACCCAUUCUUCAGAAGGCAAUGAGAAUUGUUUCUUGGAGGAUGUGAAGCCAUUGUGCUUGGAAUUCUUUUCUGUAUCACCAUGUCGUUCCUUAAUAAAUGUAGAAUAAUUGCAUGACA